AUGUCAACCCGGAGGUUCAAGUCUCCGCUGCAGAAGAUAUCUCAAGCACUAGAUGCAAUAGUAAUAGAGCAGAUCAAGACUAUACAGGCAUUUACAGUGUCACCGUGGAUAGGCCGGAUACGAACGAUAUGUGAAACGGAUGGAGAUAAAGCCAUUGACAUCGCCGGCAAAGCAAUAGGCAUUCUAAUCGCGACAAGUGCAUCUGCCAGAUCCGGAAUGGUGGGUAUGGGAGGCUAUAUAAGAGACACCCAAGCAGACAACAACGGGACCGAUAUAUCUAGAUACUCCAUUACCCUAGGCAAACGGACGGAGCAAAAUCCCUACACAGCCGAGCUAGAAGCGAUAGCGGUCGCUCUAGAACGUAUCCCACCGGAGACAUGCCAGAGAUGGAUAUCUAUCCUUAGUAGCAACAGAUCCGCACUAUCAGCAAUCAGUCAACCCCGUCAACAAUCGGGCCAACUGACCAUCCGGCGGAUCUACAGACUAAUUCAGUUCUUACUGCAGCGAGGUAACGCAGUUAAUGCAAUUUGGAUCCUAGGGCAUGCAGACAUCAACUUACAGCGGCAAGCAAAAGCAGAAGCACGAAAAUCGACAGGAACAGAACACCUACCAGAAAAACAACCAUUCCACGCUAAAUCAACUACUAUCAGGCUCGCCCUGGCGGUACGGAAACGAGAAUGGACUCUCCCAGAGGAGGUCGGAAAAUACUCAAAGGCCCUGGAUAUAGCUCUUCCAGGAAAACAUACAAGGAACUUAUACGAUGGACUGAAUCGGAAAGAGGCAAAGACCCUAGCCCAGCUUCGAACAGGAAUGACAAGGCUCAAUAGCUAUCUAAACAGAAUAGGCGCAGCACACUCAAACCUCUGUGUCUGCGGUCAAGCAAGCGAGACAGUGGAACACUUUUUAUUCCGCUGCACCAAAUGGACAGCGAUGAGAGAAGGCAUGAACCAAUGCACAGAGUCAAAACGAGGAAAUCUGUCCUUCUUCCUGGGCGGAAAGACACGGUCAGAUUUGGAUCAAUGGCAACCAGACAUGAAGGCCGUCCACGCAGCAAUCAAGUUUGCGAUUACAACAGGAAGACUGGAACCGGAACCGGAAUCCGAAUCUGAAUCCCAAUCAACACAGUGA